AGUCUACCAGUGUUUUUCCCGUUCCUGAGGAAUAACAGACCUGGACAUUUUGCAGAAAAAAGUUACUCAAAUCAAUCAAGUCUGACUCGUACCAUCAUGUCCGGGGAUUCUCUGGUUGCUGGCUCCCUUGUGGUAGCAGACUAUGUGGUGUUUGCUCUCAUGUUGGUGGUGUCUGCCGCCGUCGGGUUCUACUACGCCUGGGACAGCAGAGGACGGGAAAGCUCCAGGGAAUUCUUAACAGGCGGGAGAAGACUGACGGCCCUGCCUGUCUCCCUGUCUCUGACCGCCAGCUUCAUGUCAUCCAUCACAGUGCUGUCCAACCCAGCUGAUGUGUACUGCUUCGGAGCCAUCUUUGUUUUUUUUUCACUGGCCUAUACAUUGUCAAUAAUGGUCGUAUCUGAGGUUUUUCUCCCAGUCUCCUACCGACUGUCCAUCACCAGUGCCUAUGAGUACCUGGAGAUGCGUUUCAACAGAGCAACACGUCAGAUCACAACAAUACUCUUUAUUUUCCAGGCAAUCCUCUAUACUGGAAUAGUCAUCUAUGGACCAGCUUUAGCUUUAAGCCAAGUUGUGGAUUUAAAUCUGUGGGGUGGAAUUAUUUCCACAGGAGCUGUCUGUACUCUUUACUGCACAUUGGGUGGACUGAAAGCUGUGAUAUGGACUGAUGUGUUUCAGAUAGGAAUAAUGAUUGCAGGCUUCUUAUCUGUGAUAAUCAAAGCUGUGAUCUUACAAGGCGGAGUAUCCACCAUCAUUUCAGAUGCACAACAGGGAGGGAGACUCAACUUCUGGGACUUCGACAUAAACCCUUUGAGGAGACACACGUUUUGGACCAUAACAAUUGGAGGAACGUUUGCCUGGAUUGUUGUAAAUGGGACUAACCAAGCCCAGAUUCAGAGAUAUGUCGCCUGCAAAAGCAUCACUCACGCCAGAGUAGCUCUGUUCAUCAACUUGUUAGGUCUUUGCAUCUUUUUGGCAUCCUCAGUAUUUGCAGGACUGUGCCUCUUCUCUGUCUUUAAGAACUGUGACCCUUGGACUGCUGGACUUGUUUCCACUCCUGAUCAGCUGAUUCCAUAUUUGGUGAUGGGCACCUUGACAAGCCAUCCUGGUCUUCCUGGACUAUUUCUUGCUGCAGUAUAUAGUGGCGCCCUAAGCACAGUGUCUUCCUCCAUCAAUGCACUCGCUACAGUGACACUGGAGGACCUGAUCAAGCCGCACACUAACAUGUCUGAGAAACACCUGUACUGGAUGUCCAAAGGACUGAGUUUUUUCUAUGGAGUUUUAUGUAUUUCCUUUGCUGGACUCGCCUCAGUCAUGGGAGGGAUGAUGCAGGCAGGUGCCAGUAUCAGUGGUAUCCUUCAAGGUCCUGUACUCGGUGUUUUCCUAUUGGGUAUUCUUUUCCCGUUCGCCAAUUCCAAAGGAGGAUUUUUAGGUCUUGUGUCAGGGUUGGUUGCGUCCUUAUGUGUAGGUGUUGGCUCUAUUAUCUACCCUUCCCCACCUUCCAUGACCCGACCUCUGCCACUGUCCACUGAGGGUUGUAACUUUACAGGAAGCUUCAACUGGACUACCACUGCUCCACCAACAGAACCGAGCUUUAGCAUCACUACUCUCAACAGUGAUGGCGGACAUCCAGUGGAAGGAAACUGGCACUCUCCUUCUUAUCUGUACUUCAGUCUAAUUGGAACUGUAGCAGCCAUUAGUGUGGGGCUGAUUGUCAGCCUGAUUACAGGAGGCUUGAGUGAGAGGGUGGAUUCCAGGCUUACAUUAUUAAAAGAAGAUACAAUUUCCUAUCACCUCUUCAAGCUUUUCCUCGACAAAGUCAUGAGAAGAAAAGAGGGUGUCUUCCCAACGGAGAACUCGGAGAAGGAACUUGGGAACACAAAUAUGGCUUUCUGUGACACUGAGAUGGACUUAAAAAGCAGUAUCCCUGAUAACACAAUGAAUGUUAGCCAUUAAAUGGUUUAGCGCUUUUCUAGUCUUCUGACUACUCAAAGCGCUUUUUACGCUGCAUGUCACACCCACACAUUCACACACUGAUGGUAGAGGCUCCUAAGUGAGACCAUCAGAGGUAACUUAUCCCAUUCAUGCACAUUCAUAUGCCGGCAACGCAGUGUGGCUGCAGGAGCUGGGGAUCAAACCCUGGACCUCACAGUUGAGAGACGACGACUCUACCAACUAAGCCACAGACGCCCCUAUAUUUACCAUUACAGUACAUGAUAAUAUUAUACUAUUCGUCAUGUGCUUUUUUUGUGAUGUAAACUGAAAUACAACAACAGCAUCGGCAUCACUAAACAGCAUAACCAACACAACUAUCUCCCCCGUGACUUCAAUUAAGAAGGGACUUGGCACUGGGGACAAAAGAGUGCCUGUAUCUGUUGAUAUAUACCUAUACCUGUUAUCAACCGAUCAAAAAAUCAAUCUUUAUUUGUGUAGAGACAAUUCACAACAAAUGUUUUCUCAAGACACUUUACAAAAAGAGUAGGUCUAUACUUUAUACUAACAAUAAAAUCUUCUUUAAAAAAAUGGCCGUUGUGUAAAAAAUAAUGUGAUUAUUUACAACAUUGAUGAGAGCAUUAAGACAUGAAACAUGAUAAUUGUUGAGUCGAUGUUUUUGUAAAAUGAUAUGCCCAUUUUGAAUUUGAUGCUACAGGUUUCAUGUUUACCGCCCUGUUGCAAACAAAUCUCUGUAGUUCUGACAGUGGAAUGUUUUACUUCAUGUAGUCAGAGGCGUUUCUGGAUCUGGUUUAUACACAGUUUCCUCACUGCAUAGGAGAGAGCCAGCUAGCAUUUAUGAAUGAGGCGACAAACUGAGUUCAACAAUAAUAUUUUUUAGAAGUGUUCUUAAGUCCAUGCUGUGAUGUCCACUACAGAAUUGGGUUUGUUUGAAAUGCAGUGCUGCCUCAGGGCCUAAAGAUCACAGCCACCUAUUAGUUCUCGGCCUUGUCCUCUGAAGACCGCGAUUACUUCUCAUUCUCUGAAUCUUGUAAUGCCAUCAUGUACUGUGGACAACAAAACCACCAUAUUCAAAUUAAUAUGCAUUUUUUUAUGUUAAAAAGGAUUAUUCUUAAAGUGUUUUGCACUAGUUGUUGAGUGAUGAGCCCCUCCUCAUCUUUACAUCAUAAAGAUUCAUCCUUGCUUCGAUGCUCAUUAUCCCUAAUCAUGUUUCUAACCUUUUGCCAGUUAACCUUAUAAGAAGUUAGAUGUUCUGUCAGCUGUUUUAUUUUAGCAUCUCACAACUUUCCGACCUUUUGUCAACACUCUCCAAACUCUUCUCAAGAGGGUUUACAGCAUCCGUUUCAGUUAUAUGUCUUUGUGCUAUUUUCAAUCUAACAUGGGGUUACAUUUUUUUGCAUUCUGUUUCUAUUUAAAAUUGGAAAGAUUACAUAUCAUCCCAACUUCUGUGGAAAUGAAUUCUUGUUACAAACUUGGACAUUUUCAUUUAAAAAAAAUAUUGCUGUUUGUUUUUGUUUAAUCAAAUGUAUGAAGUAAAGAAGAAAAAUGUG